AUGUCGAGUUUGAUGCCGAAGGCGCUUUCCAGCAUGAAGAUGCCUGGGAUGAAAGUGCCUUCUUGCUUUCGCAGUACUAAUGGCCGAAAUACUACUUCUGACGCAUUCGCAUCCGGUCUCGGCAAAAAAGCGGGACUUCUCUGCUUUCGUAGCGGCCGCCAAGAAGGACACGACCCAACCCCUCUCGAAGAUUUUGGUCCAGAUCAGCAAGGCGAUCACUCUUGUUCAAAAAGUGAUCUUCAUAGCAUGGGAGAUGACGAGCAGGAAAAAAUAAACCGGGACUGCGGGAUCGUGAUGCUCAACAGCGGGGACUGCGAGAAGACUUUUUCUCUUAUGAACGAAAACGCUUUUGUAGAGGAACUCGCCAACAUGGUCGGGCCGCGGGACGAUUUGCUGGGCCACUUUGAGCAGGUCAUAGUCUCGUCCGCGAGCUCUUGCGGCACCAGCCCGUCGCAAGCUAUCUGGACGUCGUCCCUGGAUCGGAAGGACACAAGCUCGCAAGGCAGCAAGAAGCCAGAUUCUGCGAUAUCCCUGCCGAAAUCGGAAUCGCCGGAAAAGUGCAUCUACGAAAGGGAGGUCCGGCUUUUGCAGAUGAUGCAGCGGCUUUCGCGCCGCGAUCGGCACGAGCUCGGGCGUUUCGUUCACACGAAUUUUUCUCCAUUCAUCCGCACAGGCAAGCUGUAUCAAAUGUAAAAAUGUCUGGGUCUGGAAGGGUUGGAACUUGUCAUGCUGUCUUUGAAAGGUAAAAAAAAUCUGUAUUGCAUGACCAGCAAGAGGAGUUCAGUUUGUGCUACGCGGAGAGCGCGUUUCUCAUGCGGAAUACGCAUCAGAAGGCCCCUGAAAAAUCUGUGAUGGUCGGCCAGGAGGCAUUACAGACAUCAUGGGUUAUGCAAAAUAUGCAUGGGCAGUGGUUGGCAGAGGUUGUGCGGGAUAUUCAGUUUUUGUUAUCCCGGGACAUUUGUGUUCCUUACCCACUUCCUCAUUUCCUGGUUGACCAGUUGGUAUGGUCGACUAUAUUUGCCACCCUCGUUUCUCACCUCCAGGGGCCCUGGGCACCUCACCAUUGAUGUUUCACUUGGUGGAAGAUGACAGGGUUCUACGAGCUAUUAUGGGUGUCUAUUGUCUAUUGCAAAAUAUGCAUGACAAACCUGGCAAUCUUCCAGACCCAGACAUUUUUACACUUGAUAAGCUGCCAGCGUCGAGUACGACGGCGCAGGAUGGAGGUUCUUCACCUGGCGACACUGCGGAAGCGGAACGCGAAGGCCAUACUAAAUUCAAGGAAAUGUUGCGGAAAGCCGUACUUUUUGACCCGCCGCCAAGGCCGGACUCCGAAGGGGAUGAUCACGACGAGGACACGACCAGAGCGCUGAGCUGCAACACGUUCAUGACUCAGUCCGACGAGAUAUUAUUAUCAAAAGUCUCCAGGAACGGCAGCAAAUCGCAGAAAGAUGAACAUAAUGCGACAGAUGAACUGGAUGGCGGUGGGCUGAUCACGAUGUGCGUUGACACGUGGAGGCAGUGUCUCUUGAUGCUGCGCGCGGAACACAACCAGCGUGAAGCCCUGCAGGGAGCGAUCACAAAAAUCCAGUCUCUCCAUCAGAUUCAGGACAAGAGCUGCGCGUGCCCGGAUGAAACGGAGUGGAACCAGCUAGAGCGUGCUGUGGUAGAUUUGCCACAGGAGCGACGCGAGACGCUUCUCUUCCGGAACAGGCCGCCGAAGAAAAAGGGAGGGCGACACAAAGUUGACCUGUUCGUGCCGCAGUUUGAGAACAUCGAUGAGAACGCUCGCUUCCCCCACCUAUCAAGUCUAAAAAUGUCUGGGUCUGGAAGAUUGCAACUUGUCAUGCUAAAUCUGAAUCAUGUGAAAAUCUGUGUUGCAUGAUUACCAAAAGCUGCCCACUUUUGACCUAAUCGAGAGGCAGUUUCUCAUGCAGAAUAGGCAUGAUAGAACUCUCGCAGAAUCUGUCAUGCUAUGUCCUACAUACCAGACCUCAUGGGUCAUGGGAAACCUGCAUGACAAGUCUGGCACUCUUCCAGAUCCAGACACUUUUACAGUUGAUAUCACCGACCUGAGAACGACACAGACCUCGCGUCCACUGGUCUCGAUCGCCGGAAGCCCGCCUACGCCUAUCAAAUGUAAAAAUGUCUGGGUCUGGGAGAUUGCAAGACUUGUCAUGCUUGUCUGGCAUGACUCUGAACUCUGUGUUGCAUGGCCGCGAAGAGCUCCUCCUCCCUGUCAUACAAAAACGCAGUUUCUCAUGCGGAGUACGCAACUCAGAGCCGUGGAAAAAACUUGUCAUGCUUGGCAGCGCAUUAUAGUGAGUUCACUAUUCGCUUUCUUGCAUCACAAGGUUCCAGACCCAGAAAUUUUUACAUUGGAUAACGCCUUCGGCGGUACCAUUUUCCGCGUUUUGCAGCCGGAACUGGCCGGUCGCAUGGUCCACGUUUUCGGCGGAUAUCGGUCUUCGGAGCUGGUGCCGCAGAUGCGGGAGCGGGGAUUUGAUGUCAGGCGGGGAAUCACCACGCGGGUCUUCGAGGACGGGCUGUUGCCCGCACUAGCGCGGAAGGAGCAGGAGAGAAAGGCCAUCAUCCAGGCGCGUGAGGACCGCGAAAAGAAUGGGAAGCGACACGGCCAGUCUGCCCCAGCCGGAAAGCAGGGGGCGGCUUCGUCACCGGCUCGGGCUACUUCAGCGGCGGCAUCGUCCGCUAGCGCGGAUCUUCGGGGCCGGCGCAGGAGCCCCGGGGACCCGAAUGCCUUUUCAACGGGGACAAAAUCCUUGAUGCUCCCAGUGCUGGAGCUGGAGGGUAGAUGCGGACGGGCGGUGGUGAUCAUAGAUGUAGUGGAGCACGCACGCACCCUCCCGGCGCAAGUGGAGUGGUUCGUGCGGGUCUGCGACCACAUCGGGAAUCUACCGGGAUCGUUGUAUGUAAUGAUCUGCGAAAACCAGCAAACCAUCGAGGUGGCGGACCUUCUCGGGGAGCUCUGCGGUUGGGAGCGCAAUGUCAUUGACGGGGCCAAGAGAAAAUGCUCAAUGCUCUGCAUGCGACCACCUGAGGCCACUGAGGACACCGAGGAGAAUUUACGAAGCAGCAUUCAGGAGAUGAUAAAAAUGCUAGGCCAGGACAAGGAGUUGGACGCUGAAUCGUCCGCGGAGCAGACGAAGAAAAUGCCGGAAGGGAUGACAGCUGAACACGACGAGGACGACGAGAGGCUGGCCGCGCAGCGAGUCGAAGACCGCGAGCGCAACGCGGGCGCGUCCGGGGAUGACACUGAAAGUGUGCCAAUCCCAGGAGUUGUUGACUUCCUGUGCGACGAUUUCAGGGGGCUGAGCGUGCAACAUCACAACGACCGCGAAGAUGACGAGAUGAGCGAGUCGAGCUGCUCCCUGUGGGACGGAGAGGCACCGGGAGACCUUGAUGAGUCGGAAGAUGAUGGCAGUGAAGUGGAACCGACUGCACAGCCCUUUGCGAGCUUCGUUAACGUGGAGGCGCGGCGCGAAGCGAGGGACAGGCGCACUACGUCCUCGUCGGGAGCGAACACGUCGGAAGAUCGCGGCCCGUCCCUCGCCUCGACCUUCGACCCCUACCUGGUGUUGCGCAAUAGUUAGAGGAGCGUAUGCUAACGCUGCAAGAAGGUGAUCACGACGUGCAAUUUUUGAUGGAGCGCGCCCUGCAGUCCUCGCGGCUACAAUGCAGGACGAGUGUACCGCCUGAUCUGUAAAUCGUAUUUCUGCUCUAAAAGCAAAAGGUAAAGGCUGAGGCGUUAAUUCGAGUAUAGGUACGAAAUUGCCCAAUAGCCUUACGCGUUGUGCCACAUUCAUAAUGAAGAAAUAACCUGUAUUUUCGCAGCGCGAUGUACAUAUGAUCGUCGGUCGGAUCGAGGUGUUUUAGGCCAGCUCGCCCCUCUUGUUUAGCAGUAUCAUCUUCAAAUAUCUUCAAACUAAGGCUUUCUUUAUGUGGUCCAAUUCCCAUGAUGAUAUAACUGAUAUAACGGAAUUUGAAAAUUUUCGCCCAUUGGAGGGCACCGCGCGAGGCCCAUCGUUGCCCUGGUCUGUCUGCCCGGGGAUUCGUCGGCAUAGCGUAAACCUCUCGGCCGUUCUGCGCCAUGCCUCCGCAGCGGCUGGUCGACUCAGCGUCAUGAAAUUCGCGAGAGAUGGCACGGCCAAAGAGCUGCCCGCGGUUCUCUCUGAAGCCUUUCGGCUUGACCGCGCCGGUGCAGCGGCGCUCUGUAACUGCAACCAGGGGCGCUGCGUAAAAUUUUCGAAGCGGCCGCCGCGCGACGUUGUAGAAGUAGCAGCCCGGGAUUGGCGAUAUCGGUCGUGAACGCCGGCGGCCUCGACGGCUGGGAAAGCCGGCGCCCCCCCGCGGGCCCUGCUACGAUCUCGCAUUGGGACGACGCGAGUGCGGUCGAUAUCAAAGCGAUCGGUAUCGCAUGAUCUCCACCUGAUCUCCCCCGCGAUCUCGUUUAUUUCGUGCCCAAUCUCGCUGAUCUCGCUGGCGGAAAUUCAUGAUCUCCCGCCUGAUCUCCCCCGCGAUCUCGUUGAUCUCGUGCCCGAUCUCGUUGAUCUCGCGAGCGGAAAUUCAUUCUACAGCGAAAAUGGGAAGGAAUUUUCGACCUGCGGGCGCUGGCCAGUAAGAUCAAUUUCGGCCGUGAGUUAUAUCGCAGCGAGAUCGGCGGGAGGGGGUGCGAGAUCGGCCGGAGAUCGCCGCGAGAUCGGCCGGAGAUCGGCACGAGAUCAGCGAGAUCGGGAGGCCGCUUUCGUGGAUCUCGCUAUGUUGCCGGGACGAGGUUGGGGGCUUUUGCUCGUAAAAUCGGGAGCCCCCGAUCCUGCAAGCUUAUUUAUCUGUGCCCGCGCUCUGAGUGAGCGCGGGUUCGAAGCUGGGUCACGACUUCGGGCUUCGGGGGCACCAUGACCGAGAGCGCCCAGUGUUGUUCCGAUUGGCUGCGGCUGCGCGAGAAGUUUUCUGAGCUUCUGGCGCGGGUGUGGCACUGUGUGGGGCUGCUGGGGGCCCGGCCCCUGUGAAUUUGCGUGCGCACCUGUGGCCAACAGAAAGUGGCCGGGCGUCGCACUUGUACCAUUGCGACGGACGCAUCCGCUUCGGCGCACUAUGUCAAGGCGCGAGGAAAGCAGCGCUAGAACCUGCCUACGCGCUUUGUCACAUUUGCGCCAACCCGGGGCGCGAAAUUUUUAAAAUCGGUUACAUGCGUAAGAUCAUCUUGGGAACUUGGACCACUUGACUUUCUAUUGCGAUUCUACUUACUUAUCUAGGAACGCGAAGAGAGAGGGCUACCUUGCGCACUGUAAGUUGUUUGUUUACCUUCGAUAUCGAUGGAUUCGUGGUCUCUGGUUCAAGGGUUUUCCUUCUACUCACGAUUCGUAUAAAACUAAAAAUAGAAUGUUUUUGAUACAGUGUAGUUGUACAACCGUGGAAACUCCCUCCCGCCAAACCAGAGGCAAGAAAGGAGAGAAAACCGGCUAUGGCUCGGGUUUUCAGGAACAGAAAAUGCUGUUCGAGAUCACAAGAAAGACAUCAGACUUUCGGUCGUACAUGAGAACUGGCGAAAACAGGGCAAAAUCGGACUCGCAAUCGUACAAAAUCGUGAUGAAGUCGUUCACUUUUUCAGAUCGGCAAAUCGUAGAGAGGAAGAAACUCGGUGAGAGAAGGGGACCAGAAAGUAGGAGUGACUAUUUCUGCUUUAACUGGGGGCUCCGGACUCUGCGGAGGUACCGGUUUAGAACGAGGGGCAUCGCGAGCGAGAGACGUAGGGGGGAGAGGGGCAAUCAAACCUCUCUGUCAUAUCUCUGCCAGCAAGUAGCAUCACAUAUCCACAUGUUGGCGCGCGCAGUUCUCUCUCCGCGAACCCAGAAAUCCCCCGACCUUCGCUUACUUCCUUCCGAGGAACCAAUAUAGAGCUUGAGCAGCAACCUUCUGAUUUACAACUGGCAAGUAGCAGCAGUGACUUUCACAAGCACUACCUUGAAUUAACGACUUUGGUGGAGCCGCAGCAACAUCCGCAGAUGGAUUUCGCGCAGCAACAGGAUUUGGUCGCGCGGGCGAUCCAGGUGAUCCAGGACCUGGCACAACAGCAGCCACACUGUGUGUCAGCAUCGGGAACCCGCACGCAACGCCGGCCAACAAACUCUACCACACCACACCAACAUUACCAACCCCCCAAUUUUGCAUCGGACCUAUGGCGCCACCACCAGCACCCAACUACAAACCCGCUCUUCGUACCUCAACUCCACCCCUACUCCUACCCGAUCCUCGCGCCGGGAGAAGUACAAACCGACAUUGACAGACGUCACAGGAGCAGAAAGCUGGAACUUUCUCGGGCUCGGGAUACCACUGCAAGAUCCCGCUCCCGAUCACGCGAGACUCGCCGAAUAUCCCGACGUCGCUCCACCUCUCGAGACCGCACUCCGUCUGGGCGGGGGAAAGACAAGCAACAGCAGCGGGAGCAGGAAAGCGGUCGUCGCGAGACAACAUCCAGUAGCACUGCGCCCAAGCAUUCCGGAAGUAACUGGGUCGCGGAAUGGGAGUUGCGGCACUUUCUACAGCGCCGAGCAAAAACGGUCUGGAUGGCAAAUCGCAACGACAUGGGGCGUUUCCUAUGCGCGGAAGCUUUCCACAAAUACGGAGUUCGCCAUAAGGAUAUGAAAAAUAUCUUGAGGAAAAACGUGUCCAAGUUCAUCUACGACCACGUCCCCAAGGAACGGUACGGAGAAACGCGGAAGCCCUCCCGAGUGGCCGAGCGCGCUCGGAGCAGGAGUAGGCGCAGGACAGAAAAAUCGGCGCCGAGGACCACAAAAAGGAAAAGCAGCAAAACGCCCGAAAAGCCUGCGGCCCGGGCAAAUACUGCUAAGCUCCGGGUGGAGAAAACGCCCGGCAAGGAGGGUAAGAAGAAGAAACAGGAGGUGAUCGAGUUGUCGUCUUCUUCAAGCUCAUCAUCUUCUUCCAGCUCAAGCAGCGAGUCGGAAAAGGCCGCGCCGCCAACUAAGAACAAGCGCAAAACUGCUCCGGUGUCGGAACAAGAGAGGCCUGCCAGGGGUGACCAGCGACCCCCUGGGACGGAGCGGACACGAGCAGCAACCGAGAAGGCGCAUAUCAAGGGUGUCACGAAGGAAGACUUAGAGCGCGCAAUGUGCGAAGUCUCCAUCUGGGUCGAUGCGCAGGCCAUGGGGGCGCACAUUAAGAAGAAACUACGGCUACAGGGAGGCGAGGCCAAGCAGCUCCUGGGGGAAACAGUAGCAAAAUGGCAAGAGCGGGCCCGGAUAGCCCACCCACCCUCCGAUGCAGAAAUCCGGGAUGUCCGCACGAAACUCCAGACAAACAGGGCGCGAAUAGCAGAAAUUGCUACUAUCAACGAAUUUACGAACUACCUCGAAGAUAGUCUGGGGAUCCCGUGGCGCCUCCUCGAGGCGGCGAUGAGCCGCCGGGCAACGUGGGUGCUGCGAGACAUCAGGGACGGGCUAUUUGAAGAAGGCUCGCGCAUCGAGAUUCGCGAGUGCGGCAGCAACGGGAAUUGCCUCUACAACAGUCUCUGCUGGCAGCUUAGCGUGGAGACGAACGGACAAACCACCUGGACACCGGACGGACUUCGAAAUGCGGUGGUAGACUUCCUCGCCGGCAACCAAGACACUACCCAUAUCGGGGGGAGAACCUUCGAGCAAAUCCUCCUAAACGAAGAAAAGCCAGACAAUGUCCCCUUCGGCGCAGCGUAUGCAUACGCCAUCGAGAAACUGCGGGAGCGCCGCAGCUGGGCAGGGGAACUCGAGCUGACUAUUGCGUCGCAAAUUCUGAAAAAAGAUGUCAAGGUGUGGACGCGAUGGCACAACGCAGAAGCCGAACAGCAGUCCACCCCCACGGAAGAGCAUCAGUGCGCCGGGUUUACUACGCUGCCGACGACCGAACUCCGGGCGUCGCGGUAUGGGGCCCAUGGGGGGGAGGCGCUGGGGCUGUUCUAUGAAGCCGAGCAUUGGCGGGCCGCAACAUUAAAUUGACUCUUCAAGGAGAAGGUGAGAGAAGACGCAAACAAGAAGACGGGGCCCACGGGGGCCCAGGAAAAGAAGGGAAGAGGAGGUGGUGACGAGAAGUGCAUUUUUCUGCAUCUGAACAUCAACUCGCUGCAGACGAAGGGAAGAUACUUGAGGGAGUACCUCCGGGACCAACGCGCCGGCGCAGUACUGCUUACCGAGGUGCGUAUGGGGUUGCCUGAGCUAAAGAAGCUGAUUGCGAGGUCCCUCCCAGAAUACCGCCUGGUGUCGAGCUCCCAAAGGGCGGGCGACGAAGCAGAUAGGGGGGGGGGAUGCGCGAUACUCAUCCGCAUGGGGCUUGGGGCAGAUGUGCGCCCCCUCCCGGACGAGAACUUGGCCCAGGCACGCAAGCCUCCCGGCAAAAACCGGCCUGCAGUGGAGGUCUGUGGAUGUCAAUUUUGGAAUGGAGGAAAAGUGGUCCUGGAGGUGCUGUGUGUUUAUGUGCCACCCAGGUCCCGGCCAACGUACACACAGCUCAAGCAACUUACCGCCGCAGAACACCGCGGCCCGGCACCGGCCUCGCGCCUCCUGUUGGGGGACUUCAAUGUUGGCACAUGGAGGAAGGGGUUCUGCGACUGGGUAGCAAAAGACGACCUCUGGAACCUCCUCCACCCGGACGAGGUUACCUUCCCGCUCGCCAGGACGCAACCUGAUAAAGUUCUCUUCGCACCGGGCGAAGAGAUUCCGGACAAUCUUGUUGAGCUGUUUCUAGAGGAGGGAUUCGCAGAGGCGCCUGAAGAAGGGGCGCGGUACCCGGGAAAGGCCGUCGACUCGGAUGGCCUCUCCAAUCAUGCCGCAGUAGCGAUCCCGAUAUGCAGCAAAAUCUUCGCUGACAGGGCGGUGCCCGAGAACACGCAGUGGGAGCGCGAACAUUUUGGGGAGAAGUUUUUUCUGAAAAAGAUGGCGAAAGCAGACUGGGCCCGAGUCAAUGACGAAAUUGCUGCAAAAUUGACAGCCAGACAGGCGGAGUGGGAAGACGCCAAGAAAAACAAGCAAGGGGACAGACUCUGGGGCAUAUUACUACAAGAACUCCAGAUGGCGUUUCGCGCGUACCGAGCCCCCCUCAGUGGCAGGCUGGCGCACCCGGACACGGAGAAAACUUUUGCCGAGCACAACGUCUGGCACCCGGAUAUCAAGCGGUGGGAGGAACUCCGCACGACAAACAGCCAGGCAGCACGGGUAUUGCGCCGGCAGAUUGAAGGGGACGCAUGGAGACGGUAUAUCGCGGAUCAUAAGGUAACGACGUCAUCGCUAUGGCGGUACCUUGCAAGAGAAGAAGGCAGAAGGCCCCGGCGCAAGCGCCCGCCAGAGGAGCCGCUAAAGCUGUUCGGGUCCAGCUUUGUGACAGACCGCGAAAAAGCCCAAGCUUGGGCGACUUGGUUUAAUCGCAAGUACCUAGGGGAGGACGAAAAAAGUGCCGAAAACGGGGUGGACACAAAGCCGACCAAAAGGGCGGACAUAGCGCCCGAGCUAACUCCAGAAGUGCGCAACUGGCUCCGGGAAGAAGAGCCGCCGGACCCGGUCACAACGGGGGAGGUGCAGCGCGCGCUAAAGGUGGCCAAGCGUAACAAGACGCCGGGCGAGGACGGGGUGACAAACGAGAUGCUGCUGCACUCCCCGGCAACGCACGCGCCCCUGGCUGACCUCUUCUCGGUCAUCCUCGGGGGGGCCAAGAUCCCGCCGAUGCUGUGCCGCGCGAUGGUCAUCUUGCUUGAGAAGCCAGGAAAGGAUGGGUCUAAGGCCACUGGGUACCGGCCGAUAUCACUCCUGCCCGUGGCGGUCAAAACCCUUGAGAGAGUGGUCCUCUGGCGGAUGCAGAAAACCAUGCGCACGCAAGAUGCGGCAGGGGAGGAACUCUUCUCAAAAAGCCAGCAUGCAUUCCGGCCGCAUGUGGGGUGCGACCAGCAAAUCGCCGAGAUCCUUCAUUGGACUUCCACCCGGCUGGCAAGGGGCAAGCAUGUCGGGUGGAUUAGUACUGACAUAACAGGCGCAUACGAUAGUGUCCGGGCCGGGAAGUUGUUGGAAGAAUGCAGGGCCAUGGGCGUCACACCGGGGUGCGGCCGUUUCAUCCAUGCGUGGAUGAUUCACAGAAGCUUCCGGGUCCGCUUCGGGGAGGACGUAUCCACAUACCGGGAAUGUGUUUCCGGUCUCCCCCAAGGGGGGAUCGCAUCCCCCACCCUGUGGAACGUCCUCAUUGACCGGCUCCCAAAAAGGUUGAGGGAGAAGAACCUGGGACGGGAUACAGAUGCGGAAGUCCAUUUUUAUGCCGAUGACGGUGUGUUGAUGGUCGCGGCGGACAGCAGGGGCAAACUAGCCAAAGCGCUGCGGAGACUAGCGGCCGCGCUCCGGGAGGAGCUCCGCGCCCUCGGGCUGAGCCUCGACGCCGACAAAACAAAAUGCCUGAUAUUCGAUGGCACCCUGGUGGGGAAGGAGAUGCAGCACAGGGAAACGCGCCGCAAGGAAUUCGCACAAGCGCCAACGCCAUCCGGGGCCAGCUGCGUCGACCUUCCGCGGGAGGCGACACCGCUCGACGGCCUUCCGUUCGAACAAGUUUCGGUCCACCGGGUGUUGGGGGUCCAGGUCGACCAUCUUUUGCACUUUGGGCCGCACGUCAAGGCGGUCACAGAGAAGGUGCGGCGGCGGCUGCCCAUCCUCAAGCGCCUCUCCAGCUACUCGUGGGGGCUCGAGCCGUACGUCUUCACGCAGACCAUCCGGGCCCUCAUCACCCAGUCGGUGACAUGGGGCGUGGCGGGGUGGGGAACGUAUGCCCCGGCGCCAGUCCUCAAACGGCUGAACACAGACGCGCUAAACAUUGCGCAGCGGCUCGCGAUAGGCGGGGUCCGGACAAUGCGGCUGGAGGCGCUGCGGAUGCUUUCCCUCUCGACCUCCAUCCAAAACGCGUACACGCGAGGGGUGGCGUCCCUCAUCGACGCAAGCCUCCGGGGCCCCGAGACACACCUCAGAAAUACCCUGGCGGCGCGGCUGAGUAGAACAGGGAGGGCGAAGGGGGGUGCCGGGGGGGGGAAGUGGGUCGAAGCCGCGUCCCCGCUACAGAUCCCAGUCGCCAAAAUGGAUGGGGCGGAGGAAAACCAAAUCCUCUCCGCAAUGGGGGGCGAUACAACCUUCGCCGGGUACUACUACCACAAAGAAGGGGAGGGCACAGGCCUGAGACCGGCCGUGGACACAAGUGCGCCGCCAUGCUUCAACUCGUACGCCCCCGAACUCGGGGACGAAUUUGGAAAGUUCAGCGAGGCGGGCUGGAUAUCCCAUGGCGUUCGACUAUUGCGCAAAACCGGAUGGUGCUAUGACGCAGUGGCACCAUUCCGGGCUGUGCCAAUGAUCGAAGCAGACAACAUAGAAUUCGAAACCCGUGACCCGGACCCGACCGAAAUUGGAAACCGGGGGCGGAAGCACGUGGCGGCAGGGGGAGUGCUCUUGGCCACAGACGGAAGCUUUUCGAGCAAGACCAAGCAAGGGGCUGCGGCCACAGUGGUGGCAACACUAGGGCGGACAAAGUGCAGCGCCUACAGGCGAGCAAAAACCAGCAGCGCGUACGCUAUGGAGCGCCUGGGGCUAGAGCGCGGCCUCGCAGAACUCCUCUGGGGGGCAAGCUGGGAAGACAAACGAAACAAGCAAACGGAGGUCCUCGUGCUGGUGGACAGCCUGAGCCUCGUGGAGCGGCUUGCGAAUAUGCUUGGCACGACGCUUGAUGGAGCCGACCAGGACGUCAGGCUUGCGGAAAUGCUGGGCCAAGUGGCGGCCCGGUAUAAAAGUGUGCGGCUGGUAUUUGUGCCGGCGCACUGCGGCAACGACGCCAACGAACUGGCGGACACCAUCUGCACGCACGCGUGCGCGGGAGAACCGACGCCACAGGAGGUUCGGGAAAUGGAUCCGCCAUGCCAUGUAGAAAUCAAGGCCGCUCUGGUCGCGCAACUAGAGGAGGAGGAGGCGGAGGCAAUGCGCCGCCUGGCGGAAGAGGGCUCGCGAUCCGGCGAAAUAUUCCACGACCUACAGCUGACCCGCGCAAAGAUCAGGGAUAUCUACCGAGCGGCGCGAGGGGAGGGCCGCUGGCUCCAAAAGACGCUCGGGGAUGUUGCCGGGGCAACCAGGUUUAAGAAAAUUACCGAGGAAGGAAUACGCGCGACAAAUUGCCCCCGGUGCAAAGAUACAAUGGACUCGUGGCAGCACAUCAGGCUUUGCCAUGAGUAUCGCCAUCUGGGGGGGCUCCAAUCGGCGGACGAGAUCCUGGAUUUCCUCCGGACGGUCCGGGACGCGGAAUUUCCAAUCUCCGAACACGGCUCCACUACCGAGGAAGAGGAGGGAGGGCAAGAAGUCUAGUCGAGUGGGGACGACCUACAAUCAUGAGCCCGGAGAAAUACGACAAUUGCGGUGGGGUGUAGUAGAAUUAAUGAUGUCAGGCACGACAAAUUCAGAUGUCACACUGGCCGCCAUAUUAAGGUGUGUGGAAACUUGCAAUUGCCGCGCCCACCCACAGGCCGGCCAGGGCGGUCCCAGCCAUAGGACUGCUCUGAAAAACCUAUACAUAAGUUUUGUUGCACUGGUCCGAGAAAAGAGUUCGUGAGUCCUUGGAGAGAGAGUUAUCUCCUCCGCGUGCUGGCUGUCUGGUGUUCGAGAGACGGAUGCGAUGGCGUCCCACAUGCUCGUGAUAGCGAACACAUGAUCAUCACCGAGGUGACACACAAUGAUCCGAUGCUGUGCGUUUCGAUCUUGCGUUCGCGUCGAUGUCUGUUGCUGUGUCUCAUCUCUCGUUGCGCGGACGAAAACCGCAUGCAGCAGCCGCAAACCGAGUAAGGAUCACGACAAAUGCGCCUCACCAUGGGCGUUGGGGGUCGCCCGCACGGAGCGGGUGACCUCGGGAAGCACCUGCGCACGUACGCUCAGGAACCCACGACUGUAGGAUAGGAUACGGCACUGCUGUGUCGUCCUGCACCCCCCCCGUGUAUGCAGGUCCCAAGCCCGGCGAUCCUGGGGCGGAAACCGGGGAAAUGCCUAGGGGAACUUGGUCUGGCAGCAAUCAUACUGUAACACCAUAAACCUAGAGUAGUAACCGUGGAAACUUGCCCUUCAUGUCGUUUUCAAACGUAUUAAUACUUUUUGAGACUGCAUAAAAGCAAACAAAAAAGCUGCGAAUAAACAUAUAUAUGGAUGUCGACCUUAAUCUUUGCAUUUCCUUGUGAAAGUUGAGCAAAUUUUUAUACAUCGAACGAAAUGCAUGGAACCACCUCCCAAAACCAAAACCUUCGAGAUACUCUAUCUAUGGAUUCUGAUUGGCAGCCUCGCUGAGAGGGCCAAGCGUGACACGGAGCACCACAAUCGGGCCCCGACCUGCUGCGCGAGGGC